AUGGGCGCCAGUGGCUCCGGAAAGACAACACUUCUGAAUGUAUUGACGGCCACUAAUCUAUCAAAACUAUCGGUGAGAGGAUCGGUACUUUUGAAUGGACAGGUAGUGAGUCCGGCAACGAUGGCCUCUCUGUCCUCAUAUAUACAACAACACGAUUUUGAUGAGCCGACCACUGGUUUGGACUCAUUUAUGGCCCAAAACAUUGUGCAGACAUUGAAGACAAUGGCAUCGGAGGGACGGACUAUACUCUGUACUAUACAUCAGCCCUCGUCUCACAUUUUCGAGCUCUUCGAACAUAUAUUACUUAUGGCCGACGGAAGGGUAGCUUUUAUGGGCAAAACGGGUUAG